AUGAGUACUCUGAGUUGGAACUGCCGUGGCUUGGGUAAUCCACGGACAGUUCGGGAGAUUGAGGACAUAGUGUCCCGAAAGAAACCCGACUUUGUAUUUCUGAUGGAAACCAAGGUUAACCGAGAUCAUGCAGAACGACUUCGGGUUAAACUUGGUUUUGAAGGCCUGUUUAAUGUUGACAAUUCUGGUUUAAGUGGGGGGAUGGCUAUGUUGUGGAGGGCGAAUAGUAUGGCAAAUUUGAUUGGCUAUUCAAAUAACUACAUUGAUAUUGAGGUGACUAUUCCAGGUUUUGAUAAAUGGAGGAUGACUGGAUUCUAUGGCUUCCCGAAACGCCCCCAGAGAAGGGAAUCAUGGGAUUUAAUUCGGUCCUUGGCAGGUAAGUCUGAGCUGCCGUGGGUUAUUAUUGGAGAUUUCAAUGAUCUCUUAUAUCAGUACGAGAAACGGGGAGGGAAUCCACACCCGGACAGUUUGCUACGGGGAUUUGGAGAGACUAUUGAAGAGUGUGGUUUAACGCAACUACCAAUGUCAGGAUAUCCUUACACUUGGGAAAAGGGGAAGGGUACCUCGAAUUGGAUAGAGGAACGCUUGGAUAAGGUGUUGGCUACGCAGUCUUGGAGGGAAUUGGAGGAUGUAUACUGGAGGCAGAGGGCCAAACAGCAUUGGCUCAAGAAUGCGGACGCAAACACAAAAUUUUACCACAGGAAUUCUCUGAAUAAUUGUUCUCUACCGGAUGGUUUAAAUGAGACGAAUAUUAUCUUGAUCCCGAAAAAGAAAACCCAGGAAAUGGUUUCUGAUUAUAGGCCAAUUGCGCUUAGUAAUGUGGUCUAUAGAGUUAUGGCAAAAGUGAUAACGGCCAGAAUGAAACCGGUGAUGGAUAGUAUUAUUUCUGAAUCCCAGAGUGCGUUCAUAUCUGAAAGGCUUAUUACAGAUAAUAUAUUGGUAGCGGCGGAGGUGGGCCAUUAUCUGAACAGAAAGCAAUGUGGACUAGCUGGCUGGGGGGCUUUGAAGUUAGAUAUGGCAAAAGCCUACGACCGUAUGGAAUGGUCUUUCUUGCAAAGGAUGUUGGAAGCACUGGGUUUUGAUGACAGGUGGGUCAAAUUUCUAAUGAUGUGUGUAUCCACUGUGUCAUAUAGUGUGUUGAUAAAUGGAUCAAAGUCUGAACAAAUAACACCGACUCGUGGUUUAAGACAAGGUGAUCCUUUAUCACCUUAUCUGUUCAUUAUUUGUGCUGAGGGUCUCUCAAUAUUGUUGAAACAAGCUGAGGUCAAAGGGGAUAUACAUGGAUGCAGAGUUGCGAGGGGGGCUCCCUCUAUUACUCAUUUGUUUUUUGCGGAUGAUAGCCUGCUGUUUUUCAAAGCUAAUAAUCAGGAAGCAGGAGCGAUUAAGCGUUGUUUAACAACCUAUGAAACCAUGUCGGGACAGGCGGUUAAUUAUCACAAAUCAAACAUAUGUUUCAGUAAAAAUACAAGUGAGGAAGUUCGGGAAGAGAUUGUUGAUAUAUUGGGAGUUGUACGGGCCCAGAAUUUUGGAAAAUAUUUGGGACUUCCAUCUUUUGUGGGCAGGAAUAGAAGACAGGCUUUCUCAUAUAUUGAGGAUAAGAUAAAGCAGAGAAUUGGCUCGUGGAACAAAAAGCUUUUAUCACAGGCGGGGAAGGAAGUUCUACUAAAAAGUGUGGCUCAAUCUAUGCCCACUUUUGCAAUGAGCGUAUUUCUGUUGCCUAUGAAUUUAUGUACAGCCAUUGAGAGAGCUAUGAAUCGGUUCUGGUGGAGGUCAGGAAAUGAACAAGGCAUCCAUUGGAAGGCCUGGGAUAAAAUGUGCAUCCCAAAGACAUUUGGAGGACUUGGGUUUAAGGAAUUGAGAGCCUUUAACCUUGCAAUGUUAGGUAAGCAGGCAUGGCGCUUCCUGACACAACCACAAUCACUGGUCUCAAGAGUGUAUAAAGCUAGAUAUUACCCUGCUAGUUCCUUCUAUGAAGCAGCCUUGGGAAAUAAUCCAAGUUUCUGCUGGAGGAGUAUUUUGGCGGCUAAGGGGUUAAUUUGUGGGGGAGUAAGACGCAGAAUUGGGAAUGGCAAAUCAACUUUGAUUUGGGACCACCCGUGGAUACAUGAUGACAACCAGCCAAGAAUUUUAACAGAAAAACCGCCUCAGUUGGCUCAGGCAAAAGUGGAGGGACUGAUAGACCAGCAGACUGGAACCUGGGACCAUGAAAUUUUAGUGGAUAUUUUCAUAGCCCAAGAUGUGGAGAAAAUAUUAAAAAUACCUGUGUCUCUUGAGUAUGAGGAUAUGUGGUACUGGUAUGGCGACCCAAAAGGGGAAUAUUCAGUUAAAGAAGGAUACAAGGUGGUAAGAGGGAACUACUCUCAACCGGAGGGUAACUUUCAUAAGUGGAAAAAAUUAUGGAGCCUCAAAGCCCCCCGAAAAUGGAAAACAUUCUUGUGGAGAGCUCUAAAUGAUAUUUUGCCUACUACGGAGAAUUUACUUAUAAAGAGAGUUGAUAUUGAUCCAACUUGUGCAAUGUGUGGAGUUGGGCAUGAGAAUCUUGUGCAUUCUUUGAUCACUUGUGAUGAUGAUAGGAUUAUUUAUGCAGUGGCUCUCUUGUAUUUCAUAUGGCGAACGAGAAAUGGAGCUGUAUGGGAAGCAAUGUUGCCCAGGCCCCAAAACGUGAUAGCAAUGGCGUUGUCAUCCGUCAAUGCAUGGAAAGAGGCACAUCCCGCUCGAAGAAGUCCGCAAGCCAUCACCACGAUGCCGGCUGCUAUUUUACCGCCAGUUGCGGCAGUUUACUGCCCGAGGGAAGGCGCAGCAAUUAUGGGAGAAGGGGAGGCCGAAACACUGCCAUUAUCACGGGAAUUUUCAGCAACCGUCCAACACAAUACUACGCAGAACGGGAGGAAUCAAUGUUAUUUCGAUGCGACGUACGAUCCAACAACAAACAAGGCAGCAAUGGGGGCUAUUAUAUUGGAUUCACGAGGAUGCUAUGUGUCGGCGAUGACCACCCCUAUCAUACACUAUUUUUCGCCCUUAAUGGCGGAGGCUUUCGCAUGCAAAGAAGCUUUGUCAUGGCUCAGACACCGAGAAGAAACAGAUAUAGACCUCUACACAGAUUGUUUGGAGUAG